AUGAAAGAAUAUUUACGCAUUUUUUUACUAUUCUUUUUUUUAAUAACUUAUUCUUCGGCAACUCUUGUCGAUGGAAUUGUCACUAUUUCUUGGUCACAAAAUGAACAAAUUCCAUUAAUUGAUCGUUUUUUAACAAAUAAUACGCAAAUUCAAUUAAAAAUUCUUUGUCGUGAACCAUCAUUAAAUGCAAGUGUAACACAAGAACAAAUAAAACGAAAACUAUAUAAAUUAGAUAAAACAGUUAAAGAUACAAGUAUUACUAUUCGUGGUCGAAUUAGUCGUAUUACUGGAUGUUUACCAAUACAAUCGGAUGCAUUUAUACCUACAACACAAAAAGAUAAAAAUUCACAAAAAAACGUUUUAGAAAUAGAUUAUGAACGUCUGUUGAAACAAAUGGAACAAAGAACAUUUAUAGCAAAACAGUCAGAUUGUGAUUAUUCUGGAACACAUUUAUUUAUUGAAAAAUAUUCAGACAUUAUAAAACUAGACACAACACCAAAGAAAGCUAUUAAAUUAAGAUCACAACAAACAUAUAAUAAAAAUAAAAGAAACUCUCGUGCUAUUGAUGAUAAAUCAUCACCUUUAGUUAAGAGUUUACGUGCAAGUAUAGGAACACUAUUAACAUGGGCUGAUGGAUAUUAUCUUAUUGAAAUUUCUCCACCGGAAAAAACAGGUCAGGAUUCUUCUGGACUUGAUAUUGAUGUUAUUGUAUCAAUGAAAAAUCAUCGUGGUGGUUAUAUCACAGCUGAUGAAUAUCCAGCUUUAGUUUUUUAUGGUGUUAUGUGUGCUAUUUAUGCACUAUUUGCUAUAUUAUGGUGUAUUUGGUGUGCUUUAUAUUGGAAAGAAUUACUUAAAAUACAAUUUUGGAUUGGAGGAGUUAUUCUUAUUGGUAUGAUAGAAAAAUCAGCAUUUUUAGCUGAAUAUGAUACAUUAAAUAAAAAUGGAUAUAAAGUUCAUUAUGCGAUAGUUGCAGCAGAAGUUCUAUCAUGUUUAAAACGUACAGUAUCACGUAUGCUUGUUAUUAUUGUUGCACUUGGUUAUGGAAUAGUUAAACCACGUUUGGGACCAUUAAAACAACAACUUCUUGCUGUAGGAAUACUUUAUUUUGGAAUAGCAACAACAGAAGGAGUUCUUCGAAUUAAUACUAAACACGAUGAAACAGAUAAUAAAAUAUUAAUAUCACGUAUACCAUUGGCUGUUAUUGAUGCUCUUAUUUAUUAUUGGAUAUUUACUAGUUUAGUUGCAACAACACGAACAUUACGUUUAAGAAAAAAUAUACUUAAAUUAAAUGUUUAUCGACAUUUUACAAAUACGAUUUUAUUUGCUAUUGUUACAAGUAUUUUUUUUAUGAUUUGGUCAUUAAAAUCACAUUUUUUUACAAAAUGCAUAACUAAUUGGAGAGAAUUUUGGGUUGAUGAUGCAUUUUGGCAUAUAUUAUUUUCCAUAAUUCUACUUGUCAUUAUGUUUUUAUUUCGUCCAUCAAAUAAUAAUCAACGUUAUGCUUUUGUUCCAUUACUUGAUCAUUCAGAUAAUGAUGAUGAUGAUCAGUUUGGUGAUGGAGAUGAAGAAAAAGGCGAAUCUGCUGUCUUUGAUUCAAUAACGAUGCGUAAAGGAUCAAAUAUUGAAAGUGGUGGAUCAUUCAAAAGUAAAAAACAACAACAAUCAUUCUUAAAUCGUGAAGCAAAUGUAUCCGGUAGUGGAUUUGGAGGUUCAAGUGGUAAUGGUACAGUUGAAGAUGCUUUAUCAUGGGUUGAAGAUAAUAUUCCAACAUCAAUUGCUGAUCAAGCAUUACAAGCAUUAGACAGUGAAGAUGAAAUCAUCAAUACAAAAUUAGAACGAUCAAAAAUGCAGUAA